AUGCUCUCCGCGGACCAGCCGAGCCCCCAGCGGGACUGCCCCCUGGGCUCCGAGGGCCCGGGGGACGAGGAGGGCCCGAGGGGCGGCGACUCGGGCCUGCCCCCCGCAGACUCCUUUCCCGGCGCCUGGCGCCUGGACGUGGGCCUGGACGUGGGCUUGGACUGCCAGGGCUGCCCCGAGGGGGCGGAGGCCCGGGCCCGGACCGCCUACCACUACAGCCUCCUGCAGAGCUGCCUGCAGCUCGCCGGCCUCCCCGAGACCCAGGACCGCAGCCAGGCGCCCCGCACAGGCCGCCCUGGGGCGGAGGUGACCCUGUGCGUUCUGGGGUCCCCCAGCACCUUUCUGUCCGUGCUGCUGGAGGGCGGGGCCCAGAGUCCCGGAAACAUGCUGCUCUGCCUGUCCCCUGCGUGGCUGGCAAAGGUGCCAGCGCCGGGGCGGCCGGGAGAGGCGGCCCUGCUGGUCUCCAAGGCAGUGACCUUCCACCCCGGGGGCCUGACCUUCCUGGACACCUUUGUGCCCCCGCGCCAAGCCACCUACUUCCUGGCGGGCCUGGGCCCGGGGCCCGGCCUGGGGAGGGCGGCCGCCGAGCUCGCCCGCAACCUCGCCUGCCCCACAGGAGCCUCGGCGGAGCUGGCCCGGCUGCUGGAGGACCGGCUGCUGGCGAGGCACCUGCUGGCCCAGCAGGGCGUGGCCGUGCCAGCCACCCUGGCCUUCACCUGCCAGCCGCCCGCGCUGCUGCGGGGAGGGGCCGGCGGCCCGGGGCUGCGGCUGGUGGAGCUGAGCGGCACCGAGGGCCAGGAGGCGCUGGUGAAGGAGGAAGUGGGGGCCUUCCUGCACUCGGAGGCCCCGGGCGAUGCCCGGCAGGUGGCCGUCAGGCUCAGCGGCUGGCGCUGGCGGGGGCGGCAGCCGCUCCGCCUGCUCCCACGAGCUGCGGUGGGCACGGUGGCGGACGCCGUGGUGGCGCUGCUGGAGAGGCUGGAGGAGGAGGAGAGUGUCCUGGUGGAGGCCGUGUGCCCACCCGUCCGGCUGCCCUCCGCAGGAGCCCCGCCGGGCCCGGCGCUGGCCGUGCGGAUCUGUGCCGUGGUGUGCCGGACGCAGGGUGACCGGCCCCUGCUGAGCAAGCCCGCCCAGGUGGUGUGCGCGGUGGGCCGCGGGGGCCGGCCUCCCCGGCACCAGGACUCGCUGCCGCGCCCGCUGGAGGCGGCGCUGGCCCAGUGCGGCCCCGGGGCGGCGGCCCAGGCGGCGGCCGUGCGGCGGAGCGUCCAGGGGGCCGCGGAGGCGGCGCUGGCCGCGGUGCUGGCCCUGGAGGCCGGGCUGAGCGCGGAGCAGCGCGGCGGGCGCCUGGCGGGCACGGACUUCCUCGGCGUGGACCUGGCGCUGGCGGCGGCGGGCGGCGCGCUGGCCCCGGUGGCGCUGGCGCUGGGCGGCGGCCGGUGCCUGGAGGCGUGCGGGGCGCUCGAGGGGCUCUGGGCCCGGCGCGCGGGGCCGGCGGCGGCCGAGGAGGAGGCGGCGGCGGGGCCGCUGGUGGAGACGAUGCUGCGGCGCUCGGCGCGCUGCCUGAUGGCCGGCCGCCGGCUGCUGGUGGUGGGCGCGGGCGGCGAGAGCAAGCAGUUCGUGUGGGCGGCGGCGCGCGACUACGGCCUGCAGCUGCACCUGGUGGACUCGGACCCCAACCACUUCGCCGCCCGGCUGGUGCAGACCUUCAUCCACCUGGACGUGACCGAGCACCGGCGGGACGAGGAGCUUGCCCGGCAGCUGGCGGAGCUGGUGCGGGCGCGCGGGCUGCGGCUGGACGGCUGCUUCUCCUACUGGGACGACUGCCUGGUGCUCACCGCCUUGCUGUGCCGGGAGCUGGGCCUGCCCUGCAGCCCCCCGGCCGCCGUGCGCCUGGCCAAGGAGAAGAGCCGCACGCAGCGGCACCUGCUGCGCUGCCGCGGCCCGCCCUGGCCCUCGCCCGCCCUGCACGCCGUGCCCUGCUGCCCCUUGGAGAGCGAGGCGGACGUGGACAGGGCGGUCCGCCAGGUGCCCCUGCCCGGCGUCAUGAAGCUGGAGUUCGGGGCGGGCGCGGUGGGCGUGCGGCUGGUGGAGGACGCAUCGCAGUGCCGCCGGCACUUCUCGCGCAUCGCCCGCGACCUGCAGGGCGAGGCCGACCACCCCGGCAUCGGGCUGGGCUGGGGCAACGCCAUGCUGCUGAUGGAGUUCGUCGAGGGCACCGAGCACGACGUGGACCUGGUGCUGUUCCGGGGGCAGCUGCUGGCCGCCUUCGUCUCGGACAACGGCCCCACGCGGCUGCCGGGCUUCACCGAGACGGCCGCCUGCAUGCCCAGCGGGCUGGCCGCGGAGCAGGAGGCGCAGCUGGUGCAGGCGGCCUUCCGCUGCUGCCUGGGCUGCGGGCUGCUGGACGGCGUCUUCAACGUGGAGCUCAAGCUGACGGGGGCCGGGCCCCGGCUCAUCGAGAUCAACCCCCGCAUGGGCGGCUUCUACCUGCGGGACUGGAUCCUGGAGCUGUACGGCGUGGACCUGCUGCUGGCCGCCGCCAUGGUGGCCUGCGGCCUGCGGCCCGCCGUGCCCCCGCGCCCGCGGCCCAGGGGCUGCCUGGUGGGCGUCACCUGCCUCCUGUCCCAGCACCGGCAGGCGCUGCGCUCCACCGCCAGCCCGGAGGCGCUGCGGGCCCUUCAGGCCCGGGGCCUGCUGCGCUUCAACCAGUUCACGUCGCUGGAGGAGGCCCCGGGGCCCGGCGAGUACGAGGAGCCCUGCUGCAGCCUGGCCUGCGCCGGGCCCAGCCCCGCCGAGGCCCGCCUCCGCCUGCUGGGCCUCUGCCAGGGCCUGGGCAUCGACGGGCCCCACUACCCCGUCGCCCACUUCCUGUCCCACUUCAAAUAG